ACCACUCGAAUAGGAGGAAGAAGGAGCCUUCUAAAAGACAUGGCGCUGCUUUGCUCAGACCGGGGGUAAUAAGGACGGAUUCUGAGCAGGACCGGCAAGUUGGAUACAUGGUGUGCGGAAAAAAACUGUUUUACCAUGUGGAUGGACAGAAAGACUGAUAGAGUUUUACUGAAAACUCUCAACUAUGUUUUGAAUGUGCUGAAGUUCAGCCCCAGCCCCAGUGUCCGCACGCAGUCUACCUGUAAACCAGGACCACCAAGGCUGUCCUGGAGGCUCCUGUUCUUCGGUACUGACCAGUUUGCUGUGGAGUCUCUCAAACUACUGAAUCUUUGCAGGCAUUCAAAUGAAGGGAUCGUGGAGAAGCUUGAGGUUGUUACAUUGCCUGGUGAUCUGCCUGUGAAGAGAUUUGCUCAACAGAACCAGCUGGCACUUCACAGCUGGCCCCCUCACAAUGUAGAGGGACAGUUUGAUGUUGGAGUGGUUGUAUCUUUUGGCCGUUUACUCCAUUGUGGACUCAUUGACAAGUUUCCUUUUGGGAUUUUGAAUGUUCACCCCAGUCUGCUUCCAAGGUGGAGAGGUCCAGCACCUGUGUUCCACACUGUCAUGCAUGGUGACACUGUGACAGGAGUCACGAUCAUCCAGAUACGUCCCAACAAGUUUGAUGUUGGGCCCAUUCUAAACCAGGAGAUCCAUCAAGUUCCAAAAAACUGUACUGCUGAAGAUCUUGGAGCUGCCCUGGCCAUCAAAGGAGCACAUCUUUUGCUUGAUACGUUGAUGAAGCUUCCUGAAAAAAUUGCAAAUAAACGGGAGCAGGAACUGAAGGGUGUAACAUUUGCUCCAAAAAUCAAUACAUCCAUGAGUUGGAUUAAUUGGGAAGAACAAACCUGUGACCAAAUUGCUUGUUUGUGUCGUGCCAUUGGAUCCCGGAUCCCUUUAAGGACGAUGUGGAUGGGAAAGACUCUAAAACUUUUGGAUUUUGUUGGAAAAUGUUAUACUUCAGAUGAAAGAAAUCAGAAACCUGGCUCAGUAUACUAUGAUAAGGAUUCCAAUACUCUGUCUGUCUGUUGUAAGGUAUGUUUAAAUUUACUGUACUCCUACUGCUUUACUUGUUGUAUAACUAUCCUUAAAUCACAUCUUGAAAAUGUUUGUGUUCUGUGAAUUAUGAAUCUUCUUAUAUUCAUAUUGUAGCAGACCCCCCAAAAUUAAAGAUUGCGGCUUUACUGAUGAACAGCCAGGAUUUAUUGGAAUUAAACCAUGAGUUUCACCAUAAGAGCUGCAUGCACAAACACACAAAAAAGACAGUGUAAGCUACAAACCACGUUUGAAAACUAAAAAUAACGUUCACCACUAGAGAUAUCAAGUGAUUCAAAAACUAUACCUAAUUUGAUUACAGUAAAGCAAAUU